AUGGCGGACCUGGAGGCCGUGCUGGCCGACGUGAGCUACCUGAUGGCCAUGGAGAAGAGCAAGGCCACGCCGGCGGCGCGGGCCAGCAAGAAGAUCCUGCUGCCCGAGCCCAGCAUCCGUAGUGUCAUGCAGAAGUACCUUGAAGACCGAGGGGAAGUGACCUUUGAGAAGAUUUUCUCUCAGAAGCUUGGCUACCUGCUCUUCAGAGACUUCUGCCUGAACCACAUGGAGGAAGCCAAGCCCCUGGUGGAAUUCUACGAUGAGAUCAAGAAAUACGAGAAGUUAGACUCAGAGGAGGAUCGUGCCAUCAAAAGCCGAGAGAUCUUUGACUCGUACAUCAUGAAGGAGCUGCUGUCCUGCUCCCAUCCUUUCUCCAAGAGUGCCACUGAGCAUGUACAGAGCCGGCUCCUGAAGAAGCAGAUACCCCCUGACCUGUUCCAGCCAUACAUUGAGGAGAUUUGCCAGAGGCUUCGGGACAACGUAUUCCAGAAAUUCAUUGAGAGUGAGAAGUUCACUCGGUUUUGCCAAUGGAAGAACGUGGAGCUUAACAUCCAUCUGACCAUGAAUGACUUCAGCGUGCACCGAAUCAUCGGCCGUGGUGGCUUCGGGGAGGUCUACGGCUGCCGGAAAGCCGACACGGGCAAGAUGUACGCCAUGAAGUGUCUGGAUAAAAAGCGUAUCAAGAUGAAGCAGGGGGAGACGCUGGCCCUGAAUGAGCGCAUCAUGCUUUCUCUCGUCAGCACUGGGGACUGCCCCUUCAUCGUCUGCAUGUCCUACGCGUUCCACACUCCCGACAAGCUCAGCUUUAUCCUGGAUCUCAUGAAUGGCGGGGACCUACACUACCAUCUCUCCCAGCAUGGGGUCUUCUCGGAGUCAGACAUGCGCUUCUAUGCUGCCGAGAUCAUCCUGGGCCUGGAGCAUAUGCACAGUCGAUUUGUGGUCUACCGAGACCUGAAGCCUGCUAACAUUCUGCUGGAUGAGUUUGGUCACGUGCGCAUCUCUGACCUGGGCCUGGCCUGUGACUUCUCCAAGAAGAAGCCUCACGCCAGCGUGGGCACCCACGGCUACAUGGCGCCCGAGGUCCUGCAGAAGGGCGUCGCCUACGACAGCAGUGCCGACUGGUUCUCUCUGGGCUGCAUGCUCUUCAAACUGCUGAGAGGGCACAGCCCCUUCCGCCAGCACAAAACCAAGGACAAGCAUGAGAUCGACCGCAUGACGCUGACGAUGGCUGUGGAGCUGCCUGAGUCCUUUUCACCAGAACUACGCUCCCUUCUGGAAGGACUGCUUCAAAGGGAUGUCAACCGGAGGCUGGGCUGCCUCGGCCGUGGGGCUCAGGAGGUGAAGGAGGACCCAUUCUUUAAGAGUGUGGACUGGCAGAUGGUUUUACUGCAGAAGUAUCCUCCGCCCCUGAUCCCACCUCGAGGCGAGGUGAAUGCUGCUGACGCCUUCGAUAUCGGCUCCUUCGAUGAGGAAGACACGAAAGGGAUCAAGCUGCUGGACAGUGACCAGGAGCUGUACCGAAACUUCCCCCUCACAAUCUCAGAGCGGUGGCAACAAGAAGUGGCUGAGACAGUCUUUGACACGGUCAACUCUGAGACUGACCGGCUGGAGGCCCGGAAGAAAGCCAAGAACAAGCAGCUGGGCCAUGAGGACGAUUACGCCCUUGGCAAAGACUGCAUCAUGCAUGGCUACAUGUCCAAGAUGGGCAACCCCUUCCUCACCCAGUGGCAGCGGCGUUACUUCUACCUGUUCCCCAAUAGGCUUGAGUGGCGGGCCGAGGGCGAGGCGCCGCAGAGCCUCCUGACCAUGGAGGAGAUUCAGUCAGUGGAGGAGACCCAGAUCAAAGAGAGGAAGUGCAUCCUGCUCAAGAUCCGAGGCGGCAAACAGUUCAUCCUGCAGUGUGACAGCGACCCGGAACUGGUCCAGUGGAAGAAGGAGCUGCGGGACGCCUGCCGGGAGGCCCAGCAGCUGGUGCAGCGGGUGCCCAAGAUGAAGAACAAGCCGCGGUCGCCUGUGGUGGAGCUGAGCAAGAUGCCGCUGACGCAGCGGGGCAGCGCCAAUGGCCUCUGACCCCCGGCCCGUCUGGCCGCCUGCCCCCGCCCAACCUUUUAUGAACCUCUAAUUUAUUUUGUGGAAUUUUUAUUAUUUUUUUUCCCGCCAAGCGGAAAA